AUGCCGCUGGGGAAUCGAAGAGCCACUCUAACUGUGGCAUCAAAAGAAAUCAGUACUGCGGUCGAGAGUUGUAAUAAAUGCCAUUAUGUUUAUCUGGGCUAUGUUCAAAUCAAUGGAAACAGGCCAAAGUUGGGAAUGCGUCAUGUAGAAGAUGGAGGCUCAGCAUUGGUGGAAUUUGGAGGGAACUCGAUUGGUCAAACAAUUGAUUCUGUUCGGGCUUAUGAACCAAGAGGAUGGUGCGUACUUCACGGCAGAGAGGGCACUACAGAUGUAGAUAAUCCAUCAUGUGUCUCAAUGACCAUUCGAAAUAAUCAGAUAGGACCAUCUGGAAAUUCGCCCAGUUUCUCUACAGAACCACGCGGCUUAGGCUUGACGAAGGAUUAUACAUCUGGACAAUGGGCGGAUGGUAUUUCUCUAGCAUGUACUCAAAGUCACGUGUAUGGUAAUAACAUCACCGAUGCGACCGACGGAGGUAUUGUCCUCUUUGGAGCUCCGGGAUCUCAUAUAUACAAUAAUAGAAUUGUAGCUCAAUCCCGUGUUUUAAUGGGUGGUAUCAAUAUGGUAGAUUUUGAUCCUUACAAAGGCAAUUUCACCGGCGUAGUUGUAGAAAACAAUACGCUCCACACCGAUGGCUCUAUGAUCAAAGUAGGAAUCGCAAUGGGAACAAUGGUGUGGUGGUCAAAAAAUUCAACUUCUCGUCGACCUUAUAAUGGAGUUGUUCAAGAUAAUUAUUUCACCUCAAGUAACGAUGGAUACUUUGGAUACGGAAUUGCUGUAGCAGGAUAUAAUUCUACUGUUAUUCAACGCAACACCUUCUCUCCCGAAGUCAAAUUCGACGGUGUGAUCACUCCGAAAUGCAUCCCAAGGCACACUCCGCCUAACCCACGUAAUUUGACUUAUGACCCCACGACUACUCACGAUGUCACAAUUCAAGCUACAAGCAGUACUGACUCAUUGUGCCAUGUGAUCUGCAUUGGGCCCCUUGGUUCAGAAGGUGGUACCAGAUUUGAGAUCUUUAUAAGUUAUCCAUCUGGUGCGAAUUUGUUUCUGCGGUUCAGAGUAGACCCAAAGACAUCUGAAUCAUUUAUAUGUCAGGAAACACUUGUAUAUACAUAG